CCCCAAAUUUCCUAAGGCCAUUAGGACAGGGGGUAAAAAGAAAAAAGAGAGAGAAAAGAAAAAAGAAUAUUAGGAGCCUGGAGUAACUGCGGCCCGUGGGACUGUGGGGAGAAGUGGAAGAGGAGCCUCCCUCUCCAGAUCCAUCGCUCAGCACCACGCUUGGGUGAAGGCAUGGGAAGCACUGCCAUGGACAAGAAGAAAGAUGCCUCCAGCAGCACCAGCAGCAGCAGCAGCAGCAGGAAAAGCUCCAGCCACAAGAAACUCAUGUUGCGAGUGCACAUCCCCGAUCUCAGCUCAUUUGCCAUGCCAUUCUUGGACGGUGAUGUGGAGAGCACAGACAAAAAUGCUUCUCGCAAGGUGGACGAAAGCUACUCAGCCGGCAGUCCUUCAAAAGGCCUUUUCUCAAAAGGGCUCCAGAACCGACCUUCCAGCCCUGUUUCUGCCCCUGUGAGAUCCAAACACAGUCCUGGCUCACCCAAAACAGUGUUCCCCUUCCCCUACCAGGAGUCUCCCCCACGCUCCCCACGCCGAAUGAGCUUCAGUGGGAUCUUCAGGUCCUCCUCCAAAGAGUCUUCCCCCAAUUCUAACCCGUCUACCUCUCCUGGGGGCAUCAAGUUUUUCUCCAGAUCAAGAAAAACCUCUAGCCUCUCCUCUUCUCCAUCUACCCCAACACAAGUGACCAAGCAGCCCACGUUUCCUCUUGAAUCCUAUAAGCAUGAGCCUGAGAGACUAGAAACACGGAUUCACUGUUCCUCGCCUCCGGACACAGGGCAGAGAUUUUCUCUGCCUCCAUCUCAAAGUGCAGCCAAGCCUCCCAUCAUGACACCAGCUCCCUGUGCUACCUCAAAACCAUGGCCUCGGUUCUGCAGAUUACUCAUCAGUACUCUGGCCUCAAUCCAGCUAAAGUACUUAAGUAAGUGCAUAACUUUAACUAACAUGAAUAAUCCUGUAUUCAAUGCCAGCAAACUUGCAGCACUUGAAGAAUCGGAAAGUGACAUUUAUGUGCGAUUCAUGAGGUCACACAAGUGUUAUGACAUUGUUCCAACAAGCUCUAAGCUUGUUGUUUUCGACACUACGCUACAAGUAAAAAAAGCCUUUUUUGCCUUGGUGGCAAACGGUGUGAGAGCAGCUCCACUGUGGGAGAGUAAAAAACAGAGUUUUGUAGGAAUGUUAACAAUUACAGAUUUCAUUAACAUACUGCAUAGAUACUAUAAGUCUCCAAUGGUUCAGAUUUAUGAAUUGGAGGAGCACAAGAUAGAAACCUGGAGGGAGCUUUAUUUACAAGAGACUUUUAAACCUUUAGUGAACAUCUCCCCAGAUGCAAGCCUUUUUGACGCUGUAUAUUCAUUGAUCAAAAACAAAAUCCACAGAUUGCCAGUUAUAGAUCCAGUCAGUGGAAAUGCACUUUAUAUACUUACCCAUAAAAGAAUCCUCAAGUUCCUCCAGCUUUUUAUGUCAGAGAUGCCAAAGCCUGCCUUUAUGAAGAAGAAUCUGGAUGAACUUGGAAUAGGAACUUAUCACAACAUUGCCUUCAUACAUCCAGACACUCCUAUCAUUAAAGCCUUGAAUAUAUUUGUAGAGCGAAGGAUAUCGGCAUUACCUGUUGUGGAUGAGUCAGGAAAAGUUGUAGAUAUUUAUUCCAAAUUUGAUGUAAUAAAUCUUGCUGCUGAAAAAACGUAUAAUAACUUAGAUAUCACGGUGACACAAGCCCUACAGCACCGCUCUCAGUAUUUUGAAGGUGUUGUAAAGUGUAGUAUGCUGGAAACACUGGAGACCAUUGUGGAUAGAAUAGUGAAGGCUGAGGUUCAUCGUUUGGUGGUAGUGAAUGAAGCUGAUAGCAUUGUGGGUAUCAUCUCCCUUUCUGACAUCCUACAAGCUCUGGUACUCACACCUGCAGGUGCCAAACAAAAGGAGAACGAGAGCGAAUGACUGCUGUGAAUGUACACGUUUGUAGAACUUGAACAGAGUUUCUGGGUCGUUUGUCUCAAGAGCAGUGACUGCAAUGGAACAGAGCAGGAUGGUUGAGAAUGUGUUUUGGGACUUAGUGAUGGAUGAUGAGUCUCUUCCCCCCAGUGAUGUCGCAAAAAAAGCAGCAUGACAAAAGCUUAUGUUAAAAUGUAGGCUCAUAUUUCAAAAUGUCUUCAAAACAUUUGCUGGAAGACUUCACAUGAUGUCCUUCAUUAAAAUGCACUGUAUUCUGAAACUUUUUCAUUUUGUAUUUGACAGAAGUCACUGGUCAGCAAUGGAUAUAUGUGACAUAAGGCAAGUGUAUGGCAUAUUCAUAUCAUAGUGCCUUAUGUCAAAAUACAGCAAUAUGUCAUCACUGUUGCCCAUCACUGUCAAAGGAAGUGUUGUGCUAAACGAGACACUGUAUUUGAAUGUGAAAGUCUUUAAACCUAAAACCAAAUCAGUUUCAGUUCUCAUUAGAUUUGUCAUAAAAGCUGUAAUUUGGGUAUUGGUAGACUUCUUUAAAACUUCAAUGACAGUUUUGUGUUCAAUGUUGCAUUCUGAACUGAAGUGUAAAACAAGACUGAUUUAAAAACAGCUUUAUUUAUUUUUACUUUCAUGACAAUUUUUUACACAUCUUUGGUGGAUAGCUAAAAUUUCACCAUAUCCAUUAAUAAACUGUUGAUUGUUAUACAAACAAGUGGGAGAUUUUUCUCAUUAUUUAAAACUUUGGAGUUGCAGAAGCUGUGCCCUGUUCACCAGUCUUUGUUACUUGAGCUGAAGAUUUCGGAAGCGUGGAUUGAAAGUGCUCUGUCAUACACAGGCACCACGGAGGAAAUGAGGUGCCAGAGGACAAUAUUUUCACCUGUAUUAAAGUGUAAAAUGAUGUUUGUACAAUGAAAACCCGAAACUUUUUAUUGUAUAUGAUUUGUACAGAAGUGGAGGAGUGAGGAAAGCUGUGGGAUAUUUGCUAAUGUAAAUGUACUGUAAAGUUUGAAGAUGAGACUUUUAUAAUUGUAGAUUCUUGUAGAUGGAAGAAAUUAAACCCUACAACAUCA